UGCGAGCUUGUGAAAUAAAAAAACAUUAAUUUUCUCGAAUAAAAACAUUCCAUGAUAUUAAAAACAGAAUGUGCGAUAGUGAUGACCCAAGCGACCAGGGCCGAUCCGGCCUGGAUUUGACUGGAUUUCUGUUUGGAAACAUCGACGAGAGCGGCCAGUUGGAAGAUGAUGGCCUGCUCGAUGGAGAUUCGAAGCGGAUGCUCUCUUCACUUAGUCGGCUAGGACUCGGCUCUAUGCUGUCUGAAGUUUUAGAAGAACAAGAGCCAAACAAUGAUGAUGAGGAUAAAGAUUACAAUGAGAAAAGUCCUUCAGCGGUUGAUUUUUUCGACACAGAAGAAGUAGCGGAGGAAGAGCAGGUUGAUGAUGAACCGAAAAUUGAACAACAAAAUGAUGAUUCAGAAUUAAAUCAGAGCAAUGAAGAAAAUGUGCCGCAAGAAUCUUCUGCAGACGGCGGUGACUUGACAAAGGCAAAUGAGGAAAGUGACUGGAAAGAUACUGAUUAUGACAGUCAGACGGAACAACGUAAUAAUGAUGAAGGGUACGAAGGUGACAUGGAAGGAGAUGGAGGUCUUAUGCCACCCCCUUCAAGUGUUCCGAAACAAAAAGGUGAUAAACCAAAGAAGUUGGAAACACCACUGGCAGCCAUGUUGCCAUCGAAAUAUGCAAACGUGGAUGUUACGGAGCUGUUUCCUGAUUUUAGACCGGACAAGGUGCUCCUAUUCUCGCGUCUCUUCGGUCCAGGGAAGUUGUCCAGUUUGCCUCAGAUCUGGCGCGGCGUGAAGAGGCGUAGGCGGCGCAAGCGCAGCGGCAGUACAUCCAGCGAUACGCCACUGCCAGCUGAAGUACAGGAGCCGCAGUACGCUAGUGAUGAUGAGGAGAAAUUUCUCAGGCCAAUGGAAGAGAACACCCAAUCCUCGCAGAAUGACAACAACACUUCAAACACAGGCGACAAGUCGCAGAGGCCGACGCCGGCGCAUUGGCGCUUCGGCCCCGCGCAGGCGUGGUACGACAUGCUCAACGUACCGGAGACAGGAGAGGGAUUCGACUAUGGAUUUAAAGUCAAGGCUCCAUCACCGGACCCCGAAGCGAAGCCUGCAGAGGAACCAGAGAAGGUGGACUCUCCCGACAGCGGUUUCCCAGAUGAUGCGUUUCUGAUGGUGUCCCAGCUGCAAUGGGAGGAUGAAGUUAUAUGGGACGGCAGUGAGAUUAAGCAGAAGGUGCUAGCUCGUCUCAACAGCAAAAGUAACGCGGCGGGCUGGGUGCCCACGUCAGUGAGCCGCACCGCGCAGCAGUUCUCGCACCCGCGCCCGCAGCCCCCCACACUUGUUACACCUAAACUACCCACGACGUCAACAUCAACCAGCGGGACUGGGACUCCAGCAGAAGGCGAAGACAACACCUGGUACAGCAUCUUCCCAGUGGAAAAUGAGGAGCUGGUCUAUGGGACGUGGGAGGAGGAGGUCAUAUGGGACGCGGAGAAUAUGCCCAUGGUACCCAAACCCAAGAUCCUGACGUUGGACCCCAACGAUGAGAACAUUAUAUUGGGGAUACCAGAUGACGUGGACCCGUCAAAGAUCACUAGAGAAAGGGGACCAGCUCCCAAGGUGAAGAUCCCUCAUCCCCACGUGAAAAAGUCCAAGAUCCUGCUUGGCAAGGCUGGUGUGAUCAACGUCCUGCAAGAGGACGCGCCACCGCCGCCGCCCAAGUCCCCAGAUCGGGAUCCCUUCAAUAUAUCUAAUGACGUAUACUACCAACCAAAAUCCCAGAACCCGCGUCUCAAAGUAGGUGGCGGGCAACUAAUACAGCACAGUACGCCCGUAGUGGAGUUGCGCGCGCCGUUCAUACAGACGCACAUGGGCCCCGCCCGCUUGCGUGCGUUCCACCGGCCCGCCAUGCGGAAACUAACGUACGGUCCGCUAGCUGCCCCAGGCCCGCAUCCCGUACAACCGUUGAUCAAACACAUCAAUAAGAAGGCUAAGCAACGCGAAGCCGAGCGUCUCGCGUCUGGCGGCGGCGACGUGUUCUUCAUGCGUACGCCCGAAGACCUUAGCGGUCGGGACGGCGAGCUAGUCCUGGUUGAGUUCUGCGAGGAGCACCCGCCGCUCAUCAGCCAGGUCGGCAUGUGCUCCAAGAUCAAGAAUUACUACAAGCGGACUACUACCAAGGACAGCGGUCCCAAGCCGCUAAAAUACGGGGAAGUUGCGUACGCGCAUACGUCCCCGUUCCUCGGUAUAUUAGCGCCGGGCGCGACGCAGCCCGUCAUAGAGAAUAACAUGUACCGCGCGCCCAUAUACAACCAUGAUCUGCCGCAGACCGACUUCCUUAUUAUACGGACGAGACAAUCCUACUACAUACGCGAAGUGGACGCGUUGUUCGUGGCCGGACAGGAGUGUCCACUGUAUGAAGUGCCGGGACCUAACUCCAAACGAGCUAACAAUUUUGUCCGAGACUUCUUACAGGUAUUCAUAUACAGGUUAUUCUGGAAGUCGCGCGACAACCCGCGUCGUAUCAAAAUGGACGACAUCAAGCGCGCGUUCCCCUCGCACUCGGAGAGUUCUAUACGUAAACGGCUGAAACUGUGCGCGGAUUUCAAACGCACGGGGCUGGAUUCCAAUUGGUGGGUGAUCAAACCCGACUUCCGUCUGCCUUCCGAAGAGGAGAUCCGAGCCAUGGUGUCUCCUGAGCAAUGCUGCGCGUACUUCAGCAUGGCGUCGGCUGAACAGCGGCUCAAGGACGCCGGCUACGGCGAGAAGUUCAUCUUCACCCCGCAGGAGGAUGAUGAUGAGGAGUUGCAGCUGAAGAUGGAUGAUGAGGUGAAAGUAGCUCCAUGGAACACAACUCGAGCGUACAUUCAAGCCAUGCGGGGCAAGUGUCUGCUGCAGCUGACGGGCCCGGCUGACCCGACAGGUUGCGGGGAAGGGUUCUCCUACGUCCGGGUUCCGAAUAAACCCACCCAGCAACCCACGGAUGAGCAGCAACCCAAACGCACGGUUACUGGUACUGACGCCGAUCUGCGUCGACUGAGUCUGAACAAUGCAAAGGCUCUGCUCCGCAAGUUCGGUGUGCCGGAAGAGGAGAUCAAAAAGCUGUCCCGUUGGGAAGUUAUUGACGUGGUGAGAACACUGUCCACGGAGAAAGCGAAGGCCGGCGAGGAGGGAAUGACUAAGUUCUCGAGAGGAAACAGAUUCUCCAUAGCGGAACAUCAAGAAAGAUACAAAGAAGAGUGUCAGCGUAUAUUCGAGCUACAAAACCGAGUGCUGCAGAGUACAGAAGUGCUCAGUACUGACGAAGCGGAAAGUUCUGUCAGCGAGGAGUCUGAUCUUGAGGAGAUGGGCAAGAAUCUAGAGAAUAUGCUCGCCAAUAAGAAGACUACUGAGCAACUGACCAAAGAAAGAGAGGAAGCAGAGAGAGAGGAGCUAAGGAAGAUGAUUCUCGGGCAGUCGGAGAAGAAACCACAGAUCAACCAAAAUGACCAACAGUCAAAUAAUCAAGGGCGCGUGCUGCGUAUUGCGCGUACGUUCCGCAACGCGACGGGUCAACGGUACACGCGCGUAGAGUUAGUCCGUAAAGCGGCCAUCAUUGAAGCGUAUACCAAAAUACGAUCCACUAAGGACGAAGCGUUCAUACGACAGUUCGCGACCAUGGAUGAGACGCAAAAGGAGGAGAUGAAACGAGAGAAACGAAGGAUUCAGGAACAACUGCGUCGUAUCAAGAGGAAUCAAGAAAGGGAGAGACUGGCUGGAAAUGUCACCGUACCGGCCACGCCCAGUAAUGACAGUAUGAGCAUGUCAUCGUCAAUGCUGGACCGUGGCUCCCCCGGUCUCAUCCCGCUCGGUCAGAUCAAACAAGAACCCGACUUGCCGACCCCAUCCCGUCGCCGCCCGAAACUCAAACCAGAUCUCAAGCUGAAGGUAAAUAAAAAUAAAUGCGGCGCGUGCGGUCAAGUGGGACACAUGCGUACGAACAAGGCGUGUCCGCUUUACACGGGCGGGGCGCCGUCGCCCGAACACGACACGCCUCCUGAGCCCGAUGAGGAGGAGCUUGGGUACGUCGAUGGCACUAAGCUGACGCUGCCUACGAAGAUUAUUAAGAACUUAGAUCAAGUUGACGAGCGGGGUCGUCGCAUCGGUGGGCGGCGCGACUCGCGCGGGCGGCGCCGGCGUAACCCCAGCGACUGCGACUAUCUUGUGCGGCGGCCGGCGGAAAGACGCCGUACCGACCCGCUAGUGACGUUGUCAUCAUUACUGGAAGACGUGUUGAAUCAUAUGCGCCAUCUGCCGGAUGUACAGCCGUUCUUGUUCCCUGUUAAUCAGAAGCUGGUAGCCGAUUAUCACCGCAUAGUUCAACGGCCGAUGGAUCUACAGACGAUUAGAGAAAACCUCAGACAAAAGCAUUAUCAGAGCCGCGAGGAGUUCUUGGCUGACGUCAACCAGAUCGUGGAAAACUCUACUUUGUAUAACGGUCAGAAUAGCAGUUUGACGGUGGCGGCACAGCGCAUGAUGCAGCGUUGUUUCGAGAAGUUGGCCGAAAAAGAGGAACAGUUUAUGAAGCUCGAGAAACAAAUUAAUCCGCUACUAGAUGACAAUGAUCAGGUUGCCCUUUCCUUCAUAUUCGAAAACUUACUGACGACCAAACUGAAAGUGAUGCCAGAGGCGUGGCCCUUCCUCAAGCCGGUUAACAAGAAGCAGGUGAAGGACUACUACAAUGUCAUCAAGAAGCCUAUCGACAUGGAGACUAUUGGGAAAAAGAUUCAAGCCCACAAAUACCACAGUCGCGAGGAGUUCUUGCGUGACAUACAGCUGCUGGUGGACAACUGCCGCGCGUACAACGGACCCAACUCUCAGUUCACGCGGCAGGCCGAAGCUAUACUAAAAGUUACGAAGGAGGCUUUGGAACAGUUCGACGAGCACGUGUCGCAACUGGAAGCGAACAUCGUGCGAGUGCAACAGAAGAUGCUGGAGGCGGCGGAGUCCGACACGGAGGAGGAACAACCCACGACGACGGACGAGAAGCGCGGCCGCGGACGACCGAGGAAACACAAGCCGUCCACGUCAGCCGACGAUGCAACACCAAGGAAACGCGGCCGACCCAGGAAAGACCAGAACAGUCUUGUUGAUGAUCUGCAAUAUUCGGAUAGCGGAAGCUCAGGCUUGGAGGAGGUGGAACAGAAGGAGGCGGCGGAGACCAUGGUGCAACUGUCCGUCAAUCCAGACGAGGACAUGCCCGGCACGUCGUUUGACUCGGAGCUGACGAUCAAGCGCGAGAUCCCCGACGAGCCGCCGCACGUCACCGACCUGGUAGACCUCGACAGCACAGACUACACCUUCCCGCCCAUCGUCAAGGAGGAGCCGAUCGAGCCGGACAUGGGUAUGGAGCCGCCGUUGGACGCGGGCGCGGCGCUGCCCCCCGGCCCGCUGCCGGAACCGCCGCAGUUCAAGGAGGAACCCAUGGAGAAUUGGCAGCCGGAGCCCGCUAUACAAGACGACCUGCAGGUUACUGACAGCGAAGAGGAGGCAGAGGACGGGUUGUGGUUCUAAAAUAUGCAAUUUUAUUCAUUUUAUAUACUAUAAUGU